GACGGCAACGGGAACGACCAGAUUGCACCUAAUCGGAACAGCUCAAAUCCGGAACGUCUGCGUCCGUGCAAUAAAACAAGUGGCCCUGUUGUGCCUAGCAGUCUGUGAGUCAAAGUUACCAGCUAUCGGGUCGGGUCGGGUUCCCAUGUGGAUCACUUGAAUCGAAGACAAAAGAACCAGCGAAGCACUCAACAAAAUAAUAGAAAGUCACAAUAAUUGGAUCAUUUGGCCAUAGUACCCGCGACCUCUAAGAUAGCCGGAAGCUGGAUUCAUGAUCCGUACUGAGAUAAAUAUUCAUUGAAGAAGAAGAACGAGAAUCCCAUUGUGAGAGUAGAAAUCGUUGUAGAAACAGGGAUAUUCUGAUCAUUUUUCUCUUUUUCGUGCGCCGUAAGAACAAACUAUACUCUCAUCGUCGUUCUCGUUGGUAGAUACCGACAUUCGGUUUUAAUCAUCCGAUUUCCGUGUAAAUUUGUGCGUGUUGCUUGUUUUCUGCUAUCUUUUCCAUCUUCCGAUUACGCAAGACCAGACGAAACACAAAGUAUCCACCUAAAAUGCUGCGGCUCCGACAUGUAAUUCCGUCUAAUAAUGAUGUAGAAGAGAUCUACAUCGUGAAACAAGAGGUGGACAACGAGGCGUGCUUGAUCCUCGACCCUUUCCUCGAUGAAGCUGCUACGCGCGAGUCCGCCCGGUCGAGAGUCGAAGAAGUGGACGUCAAGGAGGAACCGGCUGGUUCAAGGAAUGAUUCGGGUUAUCCUUACACGACGGAAUGUGACGCCGGCUCGGAUGCGCUUUGCGAGAUGAAGGAUGCGAAGGACGGAGCUGACGAACAACAUGCUGGUAAAGACGACUGCAUCAAGAGCGAAUCAGCGGAAAGUGGUUCUGAGGCGAGCAUGAAGCAAGAAGCAUCUUCUGCCAGUGAUGAAGACUUGGCACUGCACCGCGUUCGAGGAAAAGUCAAGGAAAAAACGGAACCUGUCUGUUCCAGUGCUGUUGGCCAAGAUAGGCUGGAAAAGGAUACCACAACGAGGUGUUACAUCUGCCGAAAAGAUUGGGGACAAAGGAAGAACCUGAUGCGUCAUCUCAAGAUCGAACAUCAACACCAAUUGCCGUUUAAGUGCAGCAUGUGCGUAUCGGACCCGAUAAAUAAUUUGAAUAGACUUAACAUGCACCAUUUACAACAUGAUCCAACGUUAAGGAGACGUUGUUUGUAUUGCCCGGCAAGAUUUUCGUGCGGACAAGCCGUUAGUAGGCAUAUGAGAAAGCAGCAUAGUUCGCAAUAUAGCAUUGAUGCCCAAAAGAAACGGCGAUUCAUGUGUCGCUACUGCGAGCAAACGUUUACCAAGAAGUUUGAUUUGGAGAAACACGAGAAGAAACACUUUCUGUCCGAGCCGGACAGGUACAAGCGAGAACUGGAGUGCUUUAUCUGCAACGAUUAUAGGGGAGACUCCCGCGACGAGUUGAACGAACAUUUUGGACUGCAUUCUGAUUUGUUGCCCUACAAAUGUGAUAAGUGCGACGAUAAGCUGAUUAAUUCUGCCCGGGUACUUUGUGAGCAUUUGCGGCAGCAUGCGGAAGGAUUGGCAAUCAAAUGCGUCUAUUGCGACGAACGGUUUGUUACGUUGGCCGAUUGUCAGCACCACGAAGAAAAGGUUCACCAGCAGGAGAUGCAAAUAGAUGAGCAGCAAGAGGCCAAAAUACAAGCGGAAAUCCACAACACUGAGGUAGUGGUGGUCGAAGGCCAGAAACGUUUCCAAUGCAACCAUUGCGAUCGGUCAUAUACGCUACUUAGUACGCUACGAAGACACCAGCAAGUUCAUCAACAUAGCUCCAAGGAUAAGAAUUUCAUGUGCCAGUACUGUAGCAAAGUGUUCAGAAAAGCUACUUCGCUCGUGACGCAUCAGGAACGCAACCAUGACGCCGAUAAUUCCUUUUCCUGUGACAUUUGCUGCAACCGAUUUAAGGAGCAGAGGCUGCUGAUGGAGCAUAAAAGAAUGCAUUCUGACGAUAAACCAUACAUUUGUGAUGUAUGUGGAAAAUGCUUCCGCAUUCGACAAGUGUUGAAAGAACAUAAAUUGAGUUGUUUUGGAGCGGAAGAUGCUCAACCCUGCUUCUGUCGGUUUUGCAUGGUCACUUUUGAAAAUCUGUCUGUAGCUUUAGCUCAUGUAAGGGCCGCACAUGAAUCAGAUAUUCCCGAAACAAAGUGCCGUUCGUGUGAUUUGAUCUUUCGGGAUGCAGAAUCUUUAGUAGAACACGAAUUUCGACAUAAUCUGCCCGGUAUAAUAACGUGCAAAGUGUGCAAUCGCAUUUUCAAGCAUCACAAGAAUCUCAUGCGUCACAUUAAGAUGCAUGCCGACCAACCUGUUCCUUACAUGUGUGAUCUGUGCGGAAAAACGUUCACACAAAAGGGUUCACUUACUAUCCACCGACGAAUACAUACUGGUGAGCGACCAUUUUCGUGCGAGCUUUGCCAGAAAGGUUUCGUCGAUAAAAAAGAGAUGCGACGUCAUUACACGUCCCAUUUUAAUCCCCAAAGUAAGCUAUAUAUACCGGAAGCGCAUAGUUUAGCCACACCGCCAGAGGCUGGCCCAACGGGGAAAAAGUAUAAAACUUACAACUGUAAAAUCUGUAGUCGCCAAUUUACUUCCAGCUCAAACUUGGCUAAGCAUGUCACAACUCAUACCGGAGAAAAAAAGUACAUGUGUGAAUUUUGCGACAAACGCUUUAGCCAGGGAGGACAAUUGACGGUACAUCGUCGGAUUCAUACAGGUGAACGACCUUUUGCAUGUGAAAGUUGUGGGGAUAGAUUCCUGGAUGGUAGCAGCUUCAAACGCCACAAAACUCAAAAUCUUUGUAAAAUAAACAAAAUAGCAGUAUCUUCACAUUUGAAAAUCGAUGCAAUAUCAGGUUACGGCCUUGGCAACGCUAUAGUUGCAGCAAACCAACUACUGACAAUAUCAAAAGACGAAUUACUGCCACAUGCAUCCGGAGUCGCAGCCGCUUGUCUUCCAGCAAUGCCCUCUACACCGUCUAUAGUAACUUCAUUAUCCUCCACUCACUUAAUGUAAUAUGUAAGAUUAUUGCCUCAAGGCUUUUGUAUCAAUUAAGUCUAUUUUAAAUGAAUUGAAAAUGAUGUCUUAUGCAAUUAAAAUGAUAACCUCUCCCGGGUUUCUGCAGCAUUUAACGUUAGUGAGUUUUAAUUUGUUGCAAGAUUAUGUAUACGAAAUAUAUAUACUUGGAAUUGAACAAUAAGA